GAUCCGUUCACCUUAUCCUUCUUGCGAAAAACAGGAAGUUGGUUGACGGGUUCCACAAAGCGAAAAUUGCUUCCUGCAUGCGCCGGACAGCAUUCCGCAUUUCCGCCGAAGGUCGCUUCGCCGGCCGACCCUCCCGAAACGCCCGCAACACAUCUGCAACACGUAUCAUCGGACGCAAUGUUAUAUUACCAUGCAUACGUAGAACGUUUCUCGCCCUGAUGGUAUCCUGGGCCUUGGGCCGUCGCUCCGGCCGUCACUGUGCUGACGAGCUGCGUAUUCACCUCCAAGGAGCAUUUCCCACCUAUCAGUCACCUUGGUCCAUGUCCUACUGGCUUAGGAACCAAAUAAGCGUUAGACGGACAGCGAUGGAAGGUCUUCUUCCCUAUGAAACCUCCCCACCCGAGAUGGACACGGGGUGAGGAGUACACUCAGUACACGAGGCUUGGAUGCUUAAGGAACCCCGUGCUCUCGACGUCCGUUCUAGCCUCCACCGCGCUCGUAUUACGUUUCAGGGACGUUUCGAGAGCAAACCCGUCUCAAAGCGAAGAGUUUUUUGUGUGCUUCGGUUUGACAUCAUGCCCGUCUCGAAAUGCUCGAAAUGCUGGAAAUGCAGUUUAUACAAAAGUUAGACAUAUCCCCACAUCAGAUUCGUUAGAUGUUGCCCGAAUAAUUGUGGAGGUAGAGCAUAUCGGACAUGUAUUGAUGAUCUUGUUGAAUUGCGUCAGAGGAUGUAUAAUCAACAUUCAAUCUAUUAAAUAGGCUAUAUGCAAAGCAAGAGCAAGGCAAGCACAAUUCAAGAACAAGAAUAAGCACUUCGAUUAGAUUCGACGAUGUUGGUAUGAUAUAGAGGCGACGCUCCU